UAUCGGUUAACAAUCGGAAUCAUGCAAAUAGAAUACUUUCUAGAUCUGCUAUUGUCGUUAAUUCAGUGGGCUAGCUCAUCUCAAGGUAACGUACAGAGUCCCGCCACUAUAUUGCUCAGAGAAAAUAGAUUUACUUGAUCAUUUCAAAUUCUUAUUCGAUUUAUAUAUAAUAAAAAAGCCUUUCAAACUGCUCUGCAUGACAGGCAGGCUGUUUACUGAGUGCACAUUGACUAUGAAAAAUCUGGCGAUUACUUUCAAUUUUAAAAUCGCAUUAAUUUAUUUAUGUUUUUUUUUUUUCAUUCGCAGCUAUUCUUCGCUCUUUCCCUAUUAAUGGUCCUUCUGACAUAUUUAAAGUAAAUAUUCUCAGACUUUCUCACUGUACGUUCGUCAUGCAUACAUAUUUUCUCGGGUAAUUUGUUCUUUUGCGCUCUCCGUCAACAUGCACAGUUUUAGCUGGUUUUGAAUACAGAAGAUGACUAUAUUGAUACGCCCACUUAAAAAGCUAAAAACAGUAAAAAGUGUCAAAAUUGAACAAAGUCUUUGAUUUGUUCGUUCUACUUUUACAGUUUUUUUAUUCAUUCAAUUCUUUCUUCUCCGUCUUACGAUUUUAAUUUCAUUUAUUUAUUAACUGUAGCCUUUCCUUGAUACUGUUUUUCAGUAUAAUUAAUUUUUUGCACGCACUGUCCCGCAUCGAAUAGCCUUGCUAGCUGCGGGCAGAGCGUCUGUUAUACGAUCUGCUUAUUAAUAAAGUUUUGUUGUUGUUGGUUUUGCCUGAUUACUUGAAACAGGUUGUGCUAUCAGCUACGCCAAAAUCGGUUGCUUCAAAGAUGACAGAACUAACCCUCGACCAGUACCUGUCCUCGUUUUUACCGAUCGUGAUAACAGUAGUAAUGUAUGGAGUGGUAAGACCAUCGACUGGAGCAACUGGGAUACAUACAUAGUUGAUCUGGUUUGCAGAUGUGCAAAUGAGUCAAGG